AUGAAUGUUGGUGUAAAAGUUAGAGAGAUUAGUACUGGUAGUAUUGGUGUAAUUGAAAAAGGAAAUAAUCAAAAUGGGUUUUUUGUAAAUUUUGGGUCAAGAAAGAAUUGGAAAAGAAAUAACGAAGUUGAAGUUAUUCAAAACACAAUUGACAAUAGUAAUGGUAAACAAUCAACAACACCUAAACCAAUUGCACAACAACAACAACAACAACAACCACCACCUCAACAAUCACAACAACAACCACCUCAACCUUUAAAACCAAUACCAGCGACUAGACCAGUACCAACAAUUCCAAAGGUACAAUCUGAGGAUCCAGGUCCAAGAUUUGGUAAUUUUACAUUACCAACUACCAAUAGUUCAACAAAGUAUUCAACUUUACCAUCACGUCAAUUCUUUGAAGUAUCAUCAUCACCAGGUGAUGAAAAUGGUACAUUUAAAAGAUCAGCUGCACCACCACCACCAUCAUCAUUGUCAUCAAAUCAAAAUGGUUCAAAUCUUAAUAAAGUACAAUCACCAUCAAGACCUUCAAUUCCAAGUUUUGAACCACCAACACAACAACCAACUCAACCACUUCAAAAAUCACCAAGAAAUGUUCCCAUAGUACCAAAAAGAACAAACCCAUCACCACCAUCACCACCAUUACAAUCACCACAACCAACACCACAACAACAACCACCACCAUUAAAACCAAUUCCACAACCACAGCAACAACAACAACAACAACAACAACAACAACAACAACAACAACAACAACAACAACAACAACAACAACAACAACAACAACAACAACAACCACCACCAUUAAAACCAAUUCCACAACCACAACAAUCACAACCAACUCAACCAAUAAAAUCACAAAUUCAAAUCCCAAUAACAAAUACAAAUGGAAAUACAAAUGGACAUUCUUCAUUAGUUGAAAAAUCACCUAGAAAUAAUGAAUCAACAGCAACAACAGCCACUACUAAAGAUAUGUGGAAUAUUGAUUAUAAAGAAUUAAAAUUUGUUGGUAAUGAAAUUGGUAGUGGUAAAUAUGGUUCAGUUAGUUUAGGUUAUUGGUUAGGUACACCAGUUGCAAUUAAAAAGUUACAUGAAAACAAUGAAGAGACUGAAAUUUUAGUACAAAGAGAAUUACAAAUUCUAAAAGAGAUUAGACAUCCACAAAUCGUUCAAUUCUUGGGAGUUUCCAGAAAUGAAAAAGAUGAAAUUCAUAUUAUCACUGAAUUUAUGGAUGGUGGUGACUUAUUUGAUGCUUUAAUAUUUGGUGAUAUACCAUUAACAUGGAAAGAGAAACUUAGAAUUUCAUUAGACAUUGCUCAGUCAUGUCGUUUCCUUCAUGCAAGAGGUAUUUUACAUCGAGAUUUAAAGAGUCAAAAUAUCCUCCUCUCAACCAACAGAAGAGCAAAACUUUGUGAUCUCGGUCUAGCAAGAAUGUUUGAAGAGAGAAUCAAUAAAAGAUACACUUGUGUUGGCACUGAAAUUUGGAUGGCACCAGAGGUUUGCUUGGAUCAAUCCUAUAGUACUGCCGUUGAUGUUUUCUCAUUUGGUAUUGUUUUGGUGGAAAUCAUCACAGAGAAAAUACCAGAUGAAAGAUUCCCACAACAUAGAUUCCAAUUCGAUGCUCCUGCUUUCCUUAAAAAAGUUCCAAAAGAAUGUCCACCUGAUUUCUCAAAACUUUGUGUUGACUGUACAAAAUAUAAUCCAAAAGAAAGACCUUCUUUCAUUAAAGUUUUAGAUACAAUUCAAAAUAUUUAUGAUUCAUUACCAGAUGAUGAUGAAGAAAAUUAUGAUUAA